GUGUGUUAGUGAUGUUUUAAGGGGGUGUGUCAGUGAUGUUUUAAGGGGGCAGCAUAGUUAAAUGCAGCGAACUUGUACUUGUCUUCACUUUACUCCAGUCCUAAGCUUAGCAUUUUGAAACUGGAGCUUUGAUUUGAACAUCUUAUCAGGAAUUCAGCAGUAAAAAUGGCAGCCUCUUUGCUUAGGACUGGACGACUCGGCACCCUCAGGUGUCUGAGGACAGAGAGAUGGAGUUCUUUAAGAGUUCCUGUUGUCUCUCUGAGUUCAAAAUCUGGGGACAACAAGAAGUCCAAGUCCAACAAAGAAAAGGCAGCUGCAAAAACAUACUUCGAUAUAGAGAAACUUGUCCAGCACAAAGCGUAUGUGGAAUUCCCGAAGAAGGAGACAAAAGCUGCUACUGCUGUAACUGCCGCUGCAACAGCAAAAACAUCAGCUGGCAUCCCCACUGUACCCGAAUCCACUGCCCCUUCAGCCGAAGCACCUUCAGUUGAAGCCUCUGUCCCUGCAGCUGAAACCGCUGUCCCUGCAGCUGAAACCGCUGUCCCUGCAGCUGAAACCGCUGUCCCUGCAGCUAAAGCACUUGCAGUGGAAGACACUGCCCCUAAAGCUGAAAUUGCUGUCCCUGCAGCCGAAGCACCUGCAGUUAAAGUUUCAGUCCCUGCAGUUGAAGCCUCUACCUUGGCAGCCGAAGCCGCUGUCCCUGCAGCUGAAGCCAUUGUCCCUGCUGAAGCACCUGCAGUUGAAGCCAUUGUCCCUGCUGAAGCACCUACAGUUGAAGCCUCUACUUGUGCAGCCGAAGCUGCUGUCCCUGCCACUGAACCAUCUGCAGUUGAAGCCGCAGCCCUUGCAGCUGAAGCUCCUGCAGUUGAGGCUGCACCUCUUGCAGCUGAAGCUCCUGCAGUUGAAGUCACAGCCCCUUCAGCUGAAGCACCUGCAGUUGAAGUCGCAGCCCUUGCAGCUGAAGCACCUGCAGUUGAAGUCGCAGCCCUUGCAGCUGAAGCACCUGCAGUUGAAGCCACAGCCCUUGCAGCUGAAGCACCUACAGUUGAAGAUGCAGCCCCUGCAGCUAAAGCACCUACAGUUGAAGAUGCAGCCCCUGCAGCCGAAGCGCUUGCAGCUGAAGCACCUGCAGUUGAAGCCACAGCCCCUCCAGCUGAAGCCCCUACAAUUGAAGCCGCAGCCCCUGCAGCUGAAGGACCUGCAUUUGAAGCCCCUACAGUUGAAGAUGCAGCCCCUGCAGCCGAAGCGCUUGCAGCUGAAGCACCUGCAGUUGAAGCCACAGCCCCUGCAGCUGAAGCCCCUACAAUUGAAGCCACAGCCCCUGCAGCUGAAGCCCCUACAAUUGAAGCCGCAGCCCCUGCAGCUGAAGCACCUGCAUUUGAAGCCACAGCUGAAACACCUACAGUUGAAGCCCCUGCUGAAGCAUCUAUAGUUGAAGCCUCUGCUUUUGCAUCGUCCCCUGUGUCUGAAUCUAUCCCAACAGAUGCUGAACCUAUUAUUGAACUUGCCACCUCUGAUGUCCCUGCAGCUGAAGCAUCUCCAGCUGAAACCAUUUCUGAUGCUACUGCACCAGCUUCUGAAGCCACACCUACAGAAGAUAAAUCUGUCCAAGAAGUGGUUGUUGAAUCUGUCCGUGUUGUCGAAGCUGUCACUGAGGUUGUUGCAGAAGCUGCGGCUGAAGCUGCUCCUGCUGUAGAGGUUGAAGAGUCGGUUGCAGACGAAGCUCCUGCUGAAGAGCUGAUAGAUUCUGCACCUGUGAUCACGAAUGCUACAGAUGUUCCAGCUGAAGCUGUGGAGAAGCCAGAGGCUGGAUUGGAUCCCAUUCAAAAUCUUUUUCUAGAUUCAAUCCGUGCAUACACCACACAGAGCAAGGCUACUGGUGGUCUAGUUGAUGUUGGACCGGAUUACCAGAAAGCUCUUGCUGAGGAAAUAACAAAACUACAGCGGCUGUAUGGUGGCGGUGACUUGACUUCCUUCCCAGAGUUCAAAUUCCCCGAGCCUAAAUUUGACGAGGGGUCCUCAAAGUAAACCUCAAAGUCUCUUCUGUGCCUCAGUGCAUUUAUUUAAUAUGAAACUGAAUAUUUUGUGUAUAGCUUAGCUGUGAAAUAUAUGCUUUCUGAUUGCUUUACUGCUUGUCAGGAAGUGUCUUUGAAAUAUUUGGGAACAGAGUUGAAUAAACUGAGCCACACUUUCUGUGUAA